AACACCCACACACCACCGCUGUCAGGAUAUCUGUGACGUUCUAAAGCGUCGCCGGUGAAGAACUGUUUACAUGAAAAUGAGGGACAUGCGGAGGAGCAAAUAACUUGGUAGACAGAUUGGACGAAAAUUAAAAACAACAGAUGAGCAGCAGCGCGGCCAGCCCCAUGGCAGGCAGCAGUAGCAGCGGCGGUGUGGCGGGGAGAGGAACCGGAAAGGCCACCAGCUUCAUCCCUGAGCUCCAGAGCAUGAUGUUUGCCCUGGGGGACUCCCGUAGACCCUUACAUGACACUGCAGCACUGGUGGAGGACAUUGUGCACACCCAGCUCAUCAACAUGCUCCACCAGGCUGCUGAAGUUUCCCUCAUAAGGGGAGCAAGAGUCAUAUCAGCUGAGGACAUUCUGUUUUUAAUGAGGAAGGACAAGAAAAAGGUACGGAGGCUGCUGAGGUACAUGCAGUUCCGAGACUACAAGUCUAAAGUACUCAAGACCAUUGAGGAUGAGGAGCCCCUGGAGCAAGACAAAUACAGCAGCAGUAUCAACAAAAGGAGGAAGCUGGUCCAGGACUUCCUCGGCUCCAUCGACCAGACGGGGGAAUUCUUGGCCCUGCUGGAGGAGGAUGACGUGGAUGAAGUCAAGCAGGAGAGAAUGGAGAGAAUAGAACGACAGACGAGAACCAUGGACAUGGCACAGUACUCUGAGUUCUGUGAGAGUCGACAGCUCACCUUCUCCAAAAAGGCCUCCAAGUUUCGAGAGUGGCUUGACUGCAGCAGUCUGGACGUGAAGCCUAAUGCCGUCUCCAUGGAGAUCCUGUCAUACUUGGCCUAUGAGACGGUUGCCCAGGUAGUUGACCUGAGCCUGUUGGUGAAACAGGACAUGACUCCCAAAGCUGGCGACCCCUUCAGCCACGCCAUCUCUGCCACCUUCAUCCAUUACCACAACUCUGCCGCUGAGGUCCACUCUGGGAAGAGAGACACAGACUCUCCAGAUAAUACCCCCCCGUCCACCCCCAGCGGCCCCCUCACAGCGGGCCUGCAGGGCAAGCUCCCCUCCCUGGCCCAUGGCAACGGGGGGCUGGCCCAGGUCCAGGCCCAGGAGCCCAGCAGCAAGGCCAAGCAGAGGAAGAGGAAGAAGAGUGCAGCAGCCUGUGGCUCUGAGGCUCAGAGCAGUGCCAUCCAGCCCGCCCACAUCAGAGAAGCCAUCAGGCGCUACAGCCACAAGAUUGGCCCCCUCUCCCCGCUCUCACGUGCUUUUGUGCCAACGACAACAGCCGUGGGAGUGAUGAGCCUCAGCCUUUGUUUAUUGCCCCGCCGUCUCCGUAUCUCGGCGCGAGGACAGACAUCUCGUGCUGUGCUGCUGACAUCCGCAGAACUCACUGUUUUCCGUGAGGCCUUGCCCUUCUCAAUGCCUCAUAAAGGCUGGCUUUAAAUGGCCCGUCCAGACCGUUUGCCUCCUUUGGCAUUCCACCGCGGGCCCCUUUCAGCUCGGACCGGACCGCGGCCUGGCAGAGGGUACGCCGAGGGCGACCCAGCGCUGCUCCGCUCAAUAGGUGUCUCCAGACUCGUUAAAAAGCAUCUGAACAAUCCUCUGUGUUUUCACGAGCAGAGACACCUCUUGUCUGUGGUUUGAAGCAUGUUAUUUUUUAAGGCACUGAAUUGGCCUUUUCUGAGGCUCCGUGAAGUAGAAUGACUUGGAGCGUCAGCUUUUAAGAUCUUGUUGAAAUGGGUUGAUGGAAAAAAUAUGAAGGGGAAAAAAGACUAACUCAGUCCAACUAGGCAGCAUUGUAUCAAUACAACAUCCAAAAGUGUCAGCAUUUUGAGGGAGUCCUAUUAAAGGCCUUGGGAGAGGCCUUGCUUAGAGGGGAUAUAAUGGAUUAGAGUCUGAAUGUUAUUUUGGACUGGCAUACUGUGGAGCUGAACUUGAAUAUAUCCAUAAAGUCACCGUAUCAGACGGCCUGCAAAACA